GGGGGUUUUAUUCCAUUUUCUGCUCGAUCGGGUCGUGAGAAAUCGGAGGCAGCGCUUUUGACAUUUAUCGUUCGUGUUCGUGUUCGUCGGUCGGGGAUAUGGAGGGAAUCGAGGGACGAGAGUUGUGGGUUUUGUAGCUUGCAGGGAAACUGUGUGUUUUCGUGGACAAGUGGACGGGGGGUUUUGAGAUGCUUGUGGCAGGGUCUGGUGUUGGUUUGAUGGAGGAGUCGUCGACGGGGUUCAGGGGAGUGAUCGGGGACUGGAGCAGCAGGUUCUGAGCCCGGCGGGGGUCGAGAGGUUUAAGAAUUGUGGGGCAUCAUGGGGUUCGAGGCGAGCGUCGAGGGCGGGGAGAUGGAGGGUGGGCUGGGCAGCGUGCAGGUGGAGAGUGCGUUCAUUGGCCUCGGGUGCAAUAGGGUCGUGGGGGCAGUGGACUGGGGUCCUUGCGAUUUGGUCGCCUUUGGUGCGCACAAUUCUGUGGCAAUUUUUUCUCCUAAACGAGCUGAAAUUCUGAUCACCCUUCCGGGCCACAAAGAUUAUGUGAAUUGUGUUCUGUGGCUCCCGACAAGUGCACAAAUUGAUGCAGCGCAGGCAGAUCAUCAUGUGAAGAGCUUUUUUUGCUCUCUGGAAGUGCAGAUGGAACUCUCAUCUUGUGGGGAUUCCAGGCCGUCGAGAACAAGUGGCGAAAAGCAGUGGAAAUUCCGAAAGCGCAUGGCAAGGCAGUCACAAGUAUCGCAACCGUGAUCCUGUCACCGUCAUCGGCUUUAAUGUCAACCAGCUCCUCUGACUCUUCUGUCCGGAUAUGGAACGUUGGCCUUCCCCAGGGAUCAAGUCGUGACUGUCAAAUCUCCCCUCUACAAUUAAUCUCUGUGGGCUCGAAAACCAUGGUAGCGACCUCUCUAACUGCGCUCCCGGACAGCCAGGACGCUUUCCUUCUAGCCAUGGGAGGUCUUGACAACCAGGUCCAUUUUUACGCUGGUACAUCGAAGGGACAGUUUAUCCUCGUAUGCAAGGUGAAGGCCCACCUUGACUGGGUUCGCUCACUCGACUUCAGGGUUCCUGCCCGGGGUUCUUCCAAAGCCGUGGUGUACCUGGCCAGCUCUUCACAGGACAAGACGAUAAAGAUAUGGAAAAUUGCUCGGCGUGAGAGUGAUGUCGCCGACUCGAGUAGUGGGGCAACAUCUCUGAAACUAGAGUUGAGUCUGAGGACAUUCAUUGAUGGACCUAUUUUUAAGGUCCGAGACGUCGUUUGGCAGGUUUCACUAGAGUCUUUACUGCUCGGUCAUGAAGAUUGGGUUUACUCAGUCAGGUGGCAGCCUCCUAUUGCGGGACAUCUGGGCAUAGACAGUGGUACUGUGAGUAGUGAAGAACAGGUUGCUGAGGAGGCGAUGUGCGUUUUGUCAGCAUCAAUGGACAGAACGAUGAUGAUCUGGAAACCAAGCACUGAAUCAGGAAUAUGGAUGAAUGAGGUCACGGUGGGGGAACUCAGUCAUUCAGCCCUUGGGUUUUACGGAGGAGUUUGGGGACCUCUGGGUGAUGCCAUUCUUGCUCAUGGCUACGGUGGUUCUCUCCACUUUUGGAAAGAGGUGGAAACUCAGGAAUGGGAGCCACAGUUGGCUCCAUCAGGACAUUUUGCACCCGUUGUGGAUCUGGCGUGGUCGAAGACCAGCCAAUUUUUACUCUCUGUUAGUAAUGACCAGACAGCUAGAGUGUUCGCGUGUUGGAAACAAACAUCAAAAGAGAGAGAGAAGGACAGCUUGUCGUGGCACGAAAUUGGAAGACCUCAAGUGCAUGGUCAUGACUUGAAUUGUCUGGCCAUCGUGACGGGAACAGGAAACCAUCGCUAUGUCUCUGGAGCUGAUGAGAAGGUUGCGAGGGUUUUCGAGGCACCAGGAGCGUUCCUGGAUACGCUGGCUUUCACGGUAGGGGGCAAAGUGACAUCGGAAGACGGACUUAUCCGGGAAGAUGUGAAAAUCUUGGGAGCCAAUAUGUCUGCUCUAGGGCUCUCGCAAAAACCGAUCUAUUCUCAAGGUAAGGGGAAUGAAGCAGCAGCUUUGAAUGAUUCUGAUGAGGCUGGUUUAAAUACUAUGGAUGCCCUUCCUGAGGCCGUACCAUCAGCUUUGACAAAGCCUCCGUUCGAGGAACAUCUGUCUCAAAAUACUCUGUGGCCCGAGACCCACAAGCUCUAUGGCCAUGGAAAUGAGCUUUUUGCGAUGUGCUGUGACCAUUCUGGGAAACUGCUGGCUACUGCUUGCAAGGCGCUAUCAGCCAAUUUUGCUCAGAUAUGGUUGUGGCAAGUUAACUCUUGGAGACCCAUCGAUCAACUGAAGUCACAUGUCCUAACGGUGACACAAAUGGAGUUCUCGCACAGCGAUAGAUUUUUGCUGUCUGUUUCAAGAGAUCGGCAUCUUUCUGUGUUCGAGAGAGUAUGUACAGAUGAUAAUGAAUAUACUUCGUCCCCGUAUAAGCUGGUCACGCGGAUUGAUGGUCACAAGAGGAUCAUUUGGGCCUGCUCUUGGAGCCAUUGUGACAGUUUUUUUGCUACAGGAUCACGAGACAAAAUUGUAAAAAUAUGGUCAGUUCAAGACACCGAGACAGGGGUGCAAGUUCAAAAUAUCAUAACCCUUCCCCCUUUCAAGAGUAGUGUCACUGCGUUGGCAUGGGGUCCCAAAUUACCACAACAAAAGGCUUAUCUUCUUGCUGUUGGAAUGGAAGAUGGGUCUGUGGAACUUUGGCAAGGUUCCCUGAGACAAGCAUCAGAGAGUGAUUUCAACAUUGUGGCUGGUGAUGGAACUACAUCAUUGUGGAAACUCGAGAUGUCGAUCUUAGAAAAGUUUGAUAAGUUUUUGUGUCAUGUUGCCACAGUACACCGGUUAACAUGGAGGGCCCAUCUUUCAGGGCAUGAAAGAAGCACGUCACCUGAAAUUAAGUCAACCCUUGGGGAUUCCAGUAGAUCUGAACAGCGUGUAGACGAGGUCCUACAGCUGGCGUCCUGUGGAGCCGACCAUUCAAUUCGGUUGUACAAUGUAAUCUUAGGUUAAACGUUUUUGCAAAGAGUUUUGACAGAUCAAUGUGAAAGUAAAUUCAGUGUGAAUAUUUCCAC